CUCUAGGUAACUGUUCACAGGGGUGGCUUCUUAACCCCCCCCGCGGGGGGUCCCCUAUUCCCUCUCUCUUAGAAAAGAACAUUUCCUUACCAUUCACCAUAUAUAACAACGCUCACUAUCCUACAUCUCUUCCUCCAUCACUCUUCUUUGCUUUCUUAGUUGCUUCUCUUCUUUUCACUCCUCAUCUUCUCACUUUCUCUAAGCAUUUUUGUGUGGGUUUUUUUUUUUUGGGAAUUGGGAUUGACAUGGAAGGCCCAGAAGAAUACACAGGGUCAAACGAUCACUCCCAGAUCGUUAAGGGUAAGCGUACUAAGCGUCAAAGGCCUUCGUCCCCGUUUGGCGUGGCGGUGACAUCUAGCUCCUCCAGUGGUGGUGGUGGUGGUGGUGGUGGUGGUGGUAGUGGCGGAGAUGGAAGAGGAGGUGAUAUUUAUUCAUUGAUUUCAUCUCCUACAACUUCUGGUGAAAUAUCCACAAGCACCGUGGAAGAUGAAGACAUGGCCAAUUGCCUAAUUCUUUUGGCUCAAGGUGGGUGGCCAAGACAUAUUGAAGAAGAUGAAGUUAAGAUUGAAAAGUUUAACAGUCGGAGAUUCACAGAAAUGGUCACCACAACCACCGGUAAGGCUGGGUUUUAUGUCUACGAGUGCAAGACUUGUAACCGGACUUUCCCUUCGUUCCAAGCUCUUGGUGGCCACCGAGCAAGCCACAAGAAGCCUAAGGCCAUGGUGGAAGAGAAAAAAGCCACAGUCUUGCCAUUAGAUGGUGGCGGUAGCGGUGGUGGUGGUUGUGGUGGAACAGGAAGGCAAUUCAAUAAGAUUAGUCCACCACUUUCUGAAAUAGCCAACAAAAGUUUGAAUGGUAAUAAGCAGCCUAAGAUACAUGAGUGUUCAAUUUGUGGGUCAGAAUUUUCAUCAGGGCAAGCCUUGGGCGGCCACAUGAGGCGGCAUAGAACCGCCACAAUUAGUCAAAUCACAAUAAAUGUCAAUGGACUUGAUACAACUACGACCACCGAGUCAUCCAUUGAAGGUGAUAAACCAAGAAGUAUUCUACCACUCGAUCUCAACCUUCCGGCACCCCCGGAAGACGAUCUCCAAGAUCCAAAGUUUCAAUUCACAUCCACCCAACGACAUCUCGUCUUCUCCUCCCCAACCUUGGUCGAUUGCCAUUACUAGGAAUAAAGGGUUGAUAGUUGAUACCCGGACCAAUGUGAAUUAUUACCAUUAUUAUGAUUUUAAAGAGAUUUGUUAUUAUCAAUUCUUUGUUUUAUUGAAGGUUUUCUCAUGUUGAUCAUCUACAAUUUGUUGAAGUUGAGUUCUUCUUUGAGUAAGUAAGUGGUUAGUGUUCAUGGUUGCCUUUCAUUCACGGAAAGUGAGUGAUGGGGGGCAUCUUUUCAUUUUGUCUUCUUUGACUAUUUGUUUUUGUUCUCUCUUGAGUGGGAGAGCUAUGUGUAACACUCAAAGUGAGC